AUCACAUGCUCGCCUCAGUCCGGCCGGUGAUUGCGCUCCCACAACAAGCAAAUCGCUGCAAAUUCCUGCAGGGCCGCACACGCCUCAGGGUUUAAGGAUUCUGCAAUAACUGCUGCCCGUGGACGGAUUAAUCCUCGAGGCGAGGCGUAGUGUCUGGGGGAUUCGCGUCGGUGUUUCUAUUCUGCCAAUUAUUUUUGUUCUUGUGGAUCAAAGUUUUGGCUGCUGAUGAUUCGUCGCCUGUAAAAAUGCCGCCCAGCUACAGCCAUCGUUCUGUCAUCGUUUUAUCCCUCCUGGGAAUUCUGUCGGCUUUCGCGUCCGUUUUAUCCGUCAUCCUGAUCUUCCAGCUCCACUCCCAGCAGAAGACAGUGAAGGAGUCCCCCCGGGAUACCUCCAUCGUGCCGGCUCAUGUCUGGGACGUCCUACUGCCUGUGUCCACGGUGCUCUCGGCGUUGUCGCUCACCCUCAACCUGAGCUCAGUAGUGGUGUGUCUCCUUCACAGUUACUUUUCAACAGAGAUAUGCAGCGGAGAACAAGACACAGAAAGAGCGGACUGGUUCCUGCUGGAGAGCAGAGCGGUGCGGCAUGUGGCAAUUGGACUGUUCUGUCUCGGGGUGUCCGUGUACCUGGCAGCCAUGUCCCUCUACAUGCUGCUGUUGUUCGAGGUGGAGACGGGCAUCGCCAGCGCGUGCGUCCUCUCCUCGGGCAUCCUGAUCCUGCUGAUCGUGGUCAUCCACUCUGUGGUGAAAUCCUCCCAGACCGCCGGCCACGACCAGAACCCCCGGCUCAAUACUCUGUUCCAGAACCAGCACGGCGGCAUCGGCGGAGCCCCCUUCCCCCCGCCCGUGGAGCUCAAAGUGGGGGUGGACCAACCGCGCAUGCACCGCGGCCAGCCUGAGCUCCAGAGGCAGACGUCCUACCCACCCUGCCCGCCCCCGAAACAGCACGAGCCGCUCCCGGCUCAGCGGUACUCGCCAGCCCGGGUGUCCCAGUGCCACAGCGGGGGGGAGAAGGAUGGCUACAGCAGCGGCGGCAGCAGCUCCCGGAUGCACAGGACCCUGUCGGCCGAGCUGCUGCAGGUCCCGACCAAGCCGUGGAACGGGGUCAACAACGAGAUGAGGAGCGUCCUGGCACGCAAGGGGAAAGACUCGACGCUGGUGUGACCGACGCGGUGCGGUUUGGUCGAGAGCGCCGGGCCGCAUUAACACAGAACUUUGUAACCGAGAUGAGACAACCUUUAUGACGCUUCGCCCGAGGGGCUGCCAUCGUGGGGGUCGCCUCGAUACGGACCGCCGUCAUGAGAACAGAGUCAAUCGUGAACUUUGUUGUGUCUAAUUCAAGGGUAGUUGGAGCUCAAUUUGAGUCGUAAGAAAGAUUUUGUUGUCUGCUGUUAAUCAUUAAAUAAUCACUUUAAGAUUAUGGAGUCGACCGAUACCUCAAGAGUUUGUACCGUUUUAUCUGGAUGAUCACAAUUUUAGAAUCCACUUGCACCUAGUGCCACAGAUGUGUAGAGUUUUGUUUCGAAUUUUUUUAAUGUUAAUAAAAUGUUGGAAAAUC